AUGGAUGUAAUGAAAGAGAAAUGGAGAAAUGAGAAUAGUAUUUACUAUACGUUUUCAAUUAAGGUUGUUAAGCGAAUAUUCUUGUCUGUUUACUUGAACUUGUUGGAUUUUUUAUUGUUCAAUGCAGGGAAAUAUACAGCAAUGUCUUUGUUGUUUAUUGCUGUGGUGAUUUUGUCAGCAAUGUUAUGUGCUGACAGUCAGUUGACUGAAAAACCUAACGUGGUUGUUGCUCAAGACGGGUCCGGAGAUUUCCAGACAAUAGCUGAAGCAAUACUGGCAGCACCUAAUCGUAGUGUUGAGCGAUACUACAUCAGAAUUAGACAAGGGACGUAUCGGGAAUAUAUUCAAGUUAAUAAAACGAAGACUAACAUUGUCCUCAUCGGAGAAGGAAUGGAUAGUACAAUAAUAACGGGCAACAAAAGCUUUGGCGGUGGCAUCCAAACGUACAAAACCGCAACAGUGGGGGUCCUUGGGAAUGGCUUCACAGCCCAAGACAUCACCUUUAGGAAUGAUGCUGGACCAGAAAAUCAUCAGGCGGUGGCAAUAAGAGUAGAAGCAGAUUUUGCCUCCUUCUACAGAUGUCGUUUCGAAGGGUAUCAAGACACUCUGUAUACAAAAAAAAAUCGUCAAUUCUACCGAGAUUGUGAAGUCUAUGGCACGAUUGACUUCAUUUGUGGUGACGCGGCGGCCCUGUUCCAGAACUGCUUAAUUGAAGUACGCGUUCCAUUGCCCAGACAAUAUAACACAAUCACGGCACAAAAGAGAGAGUUUGAUGAGCCCAUUGAAACUGGUAUAGUGCUUCAAAAUUGCACUAUAAAGGCUACCCAAGAUCUGGAGAAAAUGGAGAACGUCAUGACAUAUUUGGGUCGGCCAUGGGGUAAUUUCUCUAAGACAGUGGUCAUGGAAAGUCACAUUGACCACUUGAUAAAUCCUAAGGGAUGGAUUGAAUUUACAAAUAAAUCCCUUGUUCACCCGUUUUAUCUAGAGUACAAGAACAGAGGGCCGGGUGCUGUUACAGACGGACGUGUGAAAUGGGCCUCAGUCACUAGUGAUCCGAAUGUUGUAUCAAAUUUCACUGUCAGGCAUUUCAUAAAUGGUGACAAGUGGAUUCCCCCCAAUAUCCCACAUUACUUAGAUUUUUCCUGA